GGCAAACAACGACCCACUGGCUGAAAUAGGAGGAUUUUACCGAUACGGGCCUACUUCGAAGCUGGUAAGACACAAUGAGUGCAGGCACUGCGUCUUCGUACUUUUCCGAUGGGGAAAAGGCCCUGAGAAACGUACUUACAGCUCUCGGGUCGACAUUUACAGUUGUGGGGAUCGCAGGAAACCUUCUGGUAAUCUUUAUCAUCUUGCGCUUCCCCUCAAUGCGAACGGUCUCCAACGUUUACCUCUUCAGUAUCGCGUUCUCGGACCUGAACCUUCUCAUGGUGGCCCCGAUUUUGAUCCAGUUCUACCGGCACGGGCGGUGGACCUUAGGGCCGGGCUCGUGCGAAGCAGAGUCGUGUAUAAAAUUCACCAGUAUGUUCGCCAGUUUCUUUCUCGUCAGCGCCUUCAACCUCCAGCGCUACCGAGCUAUCGCCCGCCCCAUAGAAACUCGACAGCGACAGAGUUUGAAACGGGCUGCUUUAGUUUGCUUCAGUAUUUUUCUCUUGGCCCUUGUCGCAAAUCUUCCAUUCUGUGUGACGUCCUACGUAGUGGAUGAAGUAGUGGACAAUAAAAACGUGUCGGUUUGCCGCUACUUCUGGCCGGACUGGAGCAACAUCCCAGAACAAUCGGAGCGGGCCCACCGGCUGUACCUCACCAGUCUGGGCUUCCUACUGCCCCUCUGCCUGAACUUCACCUUGUACCUCCUCAUCAUUCGCAAGCUCCACAGCCAGGACGCUUUUCGUUCUGCUGCGGUGGGAAAACAUGUGAAAGACUCUACAACCGUGACUAAAAUGGCGGUGAUGGUGACGUCAUCGUUCGUGAUCUGUGUGGGUCCGUUUCACAUGUACAACUUCGUCAGCGCAGUAUCAGACAUACACAUAUCCGAGUAUGUAGGUAUGUGGACCUGUGUGCUAACCUUUGGGAACAGUGCCCUGGACCCCGUCAUCUACGCACUCAUGGGGACCAACUUUCAGGGCUGCCUCAAACAGCUCUUCUGUCGGCGGCCUCUGCCUACUGACACACAGACGCACCUCAAUGAUUCAAACGUUCUUCGUGAAAAUGUUUCUUCUCCCUGAGGCCAUGUUGAUUUGAUUAUAUGGAUGACAUCCGCGCGCGCAUGAAUUUUCGGCCGUUUCCAAU